AUGCUUAAAUUCCAUCCUAAUGAUGCAAUUUUGUCAUUUCUGCAUAACUCUCUUAUAUCAGUGAGAAACUACCUGACAAAAGACGUAGACGGUGUUGUGGUCAUUUAUUUUACUGUAGUAUCGUUUAUUCGGAUGAAUAACUCAGUUCCCUAUGAGGCUACCAUAACGCAACUUUUGAACAAGUAUAAAAAAGACAUCAUUGUCUCAAAUGUAACCACUAAACUCGCAAUGGAUGGAGAUGAUGGCUUUGAUUAUCUGUUCAAAAUUGUGCUUAUUGGGGACAUGGGAGUAGGCAAAACAUGUGUGGUGCAGCGCUUUCGAAAUGGGACAUAUGUUGAUAGACAAGGAACUACGAUAGGCGUGGAUUUCACCAUGAAAACUUUAAUUAUAGAUGGAAAGCGUGUUAAAUUACAAAUUUGGGACACUGGUGGCCAGGAACGAUUCCGUACUAUAACUCAGUCAUACUAUCGAUCGGCAAACGGUAUUGUCCUGUGCUAUGACAUCACCUGCAAACAGUCCUUCAACAGUUUGCAAAGGUGGAUUGACGAUGUCUCGAAGUUCGCUGCACCGAACGUUGUGAAGUUGCUAGUUGCCACAAAAUGUGACCUUGAAGAGCAGCGAGUUGUUGAAAAAGAAGAAGGUGAAUUGGUACAAAGAGCCAACGGUAUGCUCUUGAUGAUUGAGACAAGCGCUAAAAGCAAUGUUAAUGUUGAUGCUGCUUUUGUGGAGUUGGCUACAAUUUUGAAACGUCAAUACGAUCAGGGAGUGCAUCGGGACCCCGCAAUAGAAUUCAUUUCAGCAGCAAUGAGACUUUCCGGCUUGGUGCUGGGGGUUCGACGACAAUUGGGUCAACUUGGCAGCAGUGUUGCCAGUGGUAGCGACAUUUGCUAA